AUGAAUCAACCUGGUGAUACCGUGUCGGCAUGGGAAAGUAAAAGGUAUAUACCCAAACCAGGGGAGCCAGAAUUGCCACCGCAGCUUGCGGUCUAUGCUCAAAAGUCAACUGAUGAGAUCAUUGAUGAGUUCAACAGGAUGCCUUUCUUCAUGAACAAACUCGAUGAAACAGAUGGUGAGGGCGGAGAAAAUGUCCAGUUAGAAGCGUUGAAGAGUUUGGCUUAUGAAGGUCCCCCGGAGGAAAUUGCAACAAACUUCAAGAACCAAGGCAAUGAAUGUUUCAAGGCAGGGCAGUGGCAAGAUGCACUUCAGUACUAUACUCAAGGUCUAGAUGUAGACGCUGGCCUUGAUGCCCUCACAGUAGCGCUUUAUCUUAAUCGUGCCGCUUGUAACUUGAAACUCAAAAACUACAGACGCUGUAUUGAAGACUGCAAACGUGCCAUGCAAAUCGAUGAGCUGAAUGUCAAGGCAUGCUUCCGCGCAGGGCAGGCAUUUUUAGCAGUUGACCGAUUGGAAGAGGCGCGUAAGAUACUCGAGUACGGAUUAAGUAAAGAUGCCGAAAACAAACCUAUCAGAGAUACCCUAGCAGAAGUGGAGAAAAAGGAGCUUCUAAUCGAGGAGCAAAGCAAGAAGAAAAAGAGACUUGCUGACGAGAAAAAACUCAUAGAGCAAAAUCUCUCGCUGGCAAUCAAACUUCGCGGAAUCGAGGUGAUUCACUCCCUCAGACCUACAGAGUUCCUCGAUGGAGCUGUGCUCAAACUCGAGGACCCAAUGGAUGUCGAGUCCCAGCUCGUUUUCCCAGCCAUGAUCUUGUAUCCAACUAUUGAUGAAUUCGAUUAUGUCGCUGAAGUGGGCGAACUCACAGAACCAGCAGAUCUUUUGAGAAUGCUUCUUGAUAGACCAAAAGAGUGGUUUGCAGACCCUAAGCGUAAAAACUUCAACCUCAAGUCGCUUCAAUGCUAUUUGGAAACAUCCUCUGGUGGUUUGGUCAAGAUUGGCAAAAAAGCAGCCAUUAAUUCUGCCUUGAUGGCAGAAAAAGUCAAAGCACCACUCUUCGAUAAUGGCUUGAGGUUGUACGUGGUGCCAAAGGAGGAGUUCGAGGACUGGGUACAAAAAUGGAAUAAAGAGGAAGCUCUUUCUAAGAGAGCAUAG